AGUUGUUAUCUAUUACCUGUGUUUUAGAUACGACUAUUAAUAACCCCGCAUAAUUAAUGUGGCCAUUUUUUAUAUUUUUUUAGUGACAAUUAUUGACACUUGACGACUUGACAAUUCAUCCCUACCACCGGCUUUAGUCCACGUGCAAGUUUCAAAUUUAUUUACAACCAAAAACUUUAUAAAUUUAUUAAUUAUACAAAUGUUUUAAGUUAGCAAAAUGUUGGAAGACGACGUAUCGUUUACCAAACCAGUAGGUAGUUAUGGUUUCUCCAGAGACGAGGUUUUUGCACUCAUAGAAAGAGUACAAAACGGCGAACAGAAACUUACAAAAGAGGAAUUCAAAACGUUAUUAAAAAAUCAACACUCUCUUAGAUACUUUAAGUACAAUAUUGAUCAGUAUUGCAAGUUGCACAGCCUUGUUCUUGAAGAAAUAAGCACCAGCGCUGAGUACAUAACUUUCCUAAAAGAUGAUCACACUUUUCAAAAAGCGAUACGUGACAGUGACCAAUUUUACGUUAGUUUUUUCCAAACGGUGGCUCCAAUAUUGAUUGAUGUUUGCAUCAAGUUUGAGGAAGCUGAAGUGUUUACAGAGACAGCAAAGUUGUUCCAAAGGUGUGUUUUUAGCAUAAAUGUUAAAGAACUUAACUCGUAUUUAACACAACUGUUUGAACAAACAAAAUCUGAAGAGAAACACAGUUUUUCUAAAGCAGUGUUGAAGUUUCUUAAAAAUUUGUAUACCAAAAAUGCCACUUGUGCUACUGGUUUCAAAUUAAUUUUUGAUUCGUUUAUUUAUUCACAAAGAAAUUUUCGAAAAGUGUUUGAAAUGUUGCUAGUUUUGCUUGAAAUAAUUGGGUUCGAUACAAGAAGUGAAUUUAACUUUAACAAAGUUAAAUACCACGUAGAAAAUCCUUCCUUGAGUAAUUCUUUGAAUAUUUUACACGAGCUUUUGGUUGUUGUGACCAGUACAAAAACUAAUUUAGAAUGUAACAUUGGUAAUGUUACUUUCAAUGAUUUUAUUAAAAACCUUUUAAAAUCAAUCAUGGCCUUAACCAAAGUUCCGAAUAAGUGUUGUUAUCAGAUUUUUACCGCAGUUAUUGAAAUCAACCCUUUGAUAAUCGAGUCACUUAUCAGCGAAACGCUUAUCUAUAUAAUGUUAAGUAACAGCAGUCAAUGCCGACAAGAAUAUGAGGAAUUGAUGAUUAAAAUCCUUGAAGUGUUCAGCAAAUUACACCGGAUUCAAAAUCUGAUCUCUAAAAUGAUUCCGACAUUAAAAUCGGGUCUUGAGGACCGGAAAUUAGCCGAAGGCGUUUACACAUUUAAAGGAGAGUUAGAUUGCCAAUCAGAUGAAAACAUUUCGUUCAACAUUGACACUAUUCUCCCCAAAUCAGUUCUAAAUUAUUUCACCAACUGUAUCACAAAUUUGGCCAGUUGGCAGGUGAUAAAUUUGUUCAAAACACUCUUGUUCCACUUCAAUAAAACUGUGGAGGAACUGCCGGAAAAAUCAGAAGAAACCAUUUACACCGAAAUUUUGAGUUGCUUUCUCUGUUGGGUUUUGAUGAGUGUGCGAAUGGCGGAGCACACUGUGGCCCCAGCCACCGUUGUCAAAUUCAUAGGGGGCCUGGAGGAGCUCAAAAACGUGUUAGGGAACUUGGGUAGGGCUUUAUUGCAACGAGAACACAAUCAAAUUCUAAUGCGCGCUUUUUUGAACAUUUCGUACUAUUGGGCCGAAAUUUACAUGUCCCUGGAAUAUUAUUCGGUCAGUAACGAUUUCAAAUUGAUUAAAGUCAUUGACUCGAAUUUUUCGGCGUGUAAUUUGACCUAUCUACACUCGUAUUUGAGCGACAAAGAGUGGUGCCUUAUUUCCGAAAGGAUCAAUAAUUUCGGAGAAAAGCCGUGCAAGCAAAUAAUGCAAAAACUUGUGAUUCAGAAGUUGCGAGCUGUUGUAAUGUCGCAUGAUAGUAACAGUGAGAUUACGAGCGCGAUUAUUUGGUAUCUCUCAUCGGAUUUUGACGAUAGUUUCGCUGAAAUUUUCACGGACAGAUUCGUGGUCAAUCAUUUACUUGGCCAAAUGCCCCCGACGAUGAUUGUCAGUUUGGCUGAAAUUAUUUUUAAAGAUUUACUAGAACAUAACGGGGAAAUAUUUAACCAACCUCACGUCUCCGACUCUCGGCUCAUAACAGAAGGCAUUCUUUGCGUCAUUUUUACAAAAAUUAACAAAUUGCUCAAACAAAAACGAAAACUUGACGAUACUACUCUACGGAAAACGCUCUAUUCAAAAGUAUUGUCUCUCCUACCCACGGACUUGUUCUUGGCACCGAAUAUUGGAGAAUCGUUAGGGAAGGCCUCACAAAUUGUCUCUGAAGGCAACGAACAAGUCAUAGAUUUAAAACUACACAGCGACAAGAUUCAGGCGUAUUUAGACGCAUUUAGAAAACUCCCAGUACUGUAUAUAAGUGAGGACACGCAAAAAUUUAUAAUCCUGCUAUUAUUCUCGUUACUCAAAGAUAUAAAUCACAGUAAUUGCGAGGAAGAAAUAAAGAACAGUUGUGAAAGUCUCAUCAUUAGCAUUAUACAACAUAAUAAGUUUACUUUAUUGGAUAUUUUCGAAGCGGAUGUCCUUCUAAAACUCCUGAUUGAAAAUGUCGCAAGAUGUGAAGAUCUCUUUGCCCACAUCGUCCAAAGUGCCUUCAAGUGUGACUCGACGAUUGCCAAAUUUGAAUCAGGGAUUGCGUUUAUUAAAGACAAUCUUAAAUCGGAGCAGUGCCUCCGAUUUGCGGUAAAUGUACUGAGUGUGCUUCAGAAAAUGAAAAAAGUUAAAUUAACACCAGAAUCGAAGGAAUUAUUUUUGAAAUACAAGGCGGAUGUUUGCCGUAAAAUCGUUAAACUCGUGUUGAAGAAAAGCCCAGAUGAUCGCCUGAUCGAGCCGUUUGUUCUGGUUUUGAAGUCGUUUCUGGCCAAAGACGAGGACGACAAUCUCUCGAAGUUGAAAAUUUCGUUGAGCGAUUAUGUCGAUUAUUGUCUUGGGAAUUUGUCAGAUGCGAACCUUAAGGGCAGUUUGUUGCUUUUUUCGACAAUUUUGUUCAAUAAAUCGUUGUUGGCCAAUCUUGACGGUGACUUUAUUAUGCACACUUACAAUAGUUUGAAACGCGUGACUGUAAAGACUGACAUUUUGGAGGAGUAUUCACAGUUAAUGAUUCUAAUCGCGUCGUUAAUUCCAAAUGAUCAAUUUUCGUUCAUUGUUGCCGAUUUGUUGCAAGUGACGACUAAAGCAGUCGAGUCGAGAGAAAACCAAGAGAUUUGCAAACACUUAAAAACAUGGACUUGCAUCCUUUCUACAAAUUUUAAUCCUGUUAAAACCAACAUUUUGCGUGAACAGCUCGAAUCCCUCUUGGAGAAAUUAGUUCUCAUGUUGAAGUCUGUAGACUACAACGAGGAAUUAUUUGAAGAAGUUAUCCAAUUUGAGGUUUCAAUUAUUCAAGCAAAUCACGUGCCGCUAAGUGCUGCCAUUAUAGACUUUUCCCUGUUAACGGUUUCGAUUUUAAUGAUGAAGCGGGACCACGAUUUUGUGCACUGUUUCAACUGUGGAGUCGCCCUAUUAGAACAUUUGCUAAAAUUCCGAAACCCCUUAAUUAUGGAUCGCUUGCCUCCCUAUUUGUUGCAGUACAGAGUGUUGCUUAAAGGGCUGUGUCUGAAAAGUAGUUCCAGAGUGAUGGUGGAGUCUAGUGACGGGCAGAAAAUUGCCGAUUCUGCUCAUAAAUUAGAGAAAUUGACAAAAAGUCUCACUGAUUGUACUAGAGAUAUGGCCAGGAUUGCAAUGUUUCUGAUUGCGGAUAUUUUGGCACAGUAUGAAAUGGACACUCUGUACCCCAACGUCAAGAAACAUUUGGAUAACUGCAUAUACAGUCUCAUCGCUUUGUGUGAUCAGCAUGCAGUUCAGUAUUUGAUGAGGGUUUUAAGCAACGCGUCUACUGAAAUAUUUAAAUUUAUGUAUGAGAAUUAUAAAAAAUAUUACAGAUUUACAGGAAAGGUUUAAAAUAUGUUUACAAUAAAAAAUAUAAUACGUUUUCUUGAUUCAA